AUGGUUCUCGAGGCGGUCAUGGUUGUCGUUGACAACAGCGAGAGCAGCCGCAAUGGCGACUACCAGCCCACGCGAUUCGACGCUCAGACGGAUGCCACCAGCACACUUUUCCAGACCAUCACCAACGGCAACCCAGAGUCGUCAGUCGGGCUGAUGAGCAUGGGUGGCAAGGGCCCCGAGGUUCUCGCCACCUUGACGACGGAGCACGGCAAGAUCCUUGAAGGUCUUCACCGGACAAAGAAGAAGCUCGGAGGUUCAUCUCACCUCAAGACGAGCAUCCAAGUUGCAUCUCUCGCUCUGAAGCACCGACAGAACCGGUCGCAGCGUCAACGGAUAAUCGUCUUUGUCUGCUCGCCCAUUGCCGACGAGCAAAAGGAGCUUGUCCAGCUAGCCAAAAAAAUGAAGAAGGGCAACACAACGGUCGAUUUUGUCCUGUUCGGCGAGCACGACGAUGAGGAGACGCAGAAGAAGCUCGAGGCCUUCAACGAGGCUGUCAAGGGCAGCGAAGGUUCACACCUGGUCGUCUUCCCCCCCAGCAGCAAGCUUCUUGGAGACCAGCUCGUCUCCAGCCCCAUCCUCCUGGGCGACAACGCUGACGGGCCCGGCGGUGCCGGCGGCGAGGGCUCCGGUGGUAACGAAGACUUUGAGUUUGGCAUCGAUCCGUCGCUCGAGCCCGAGCUUGCCCUGGCCCUCCGCAUGAGCAUGGAGGAGGAGAAGGCCCGCCAGGAGAAGAAGGCCAAGGAGGAGGAGGAGGCUGCCACCAAGGCCUCACUCGGAAACGUCAAGGAGGAGGACGAGUCCGCCGGUGGCCCCAGCGGGAGUAGCAAGGACAAGGACGAUAAGAUGGACACGUCCUAG